CCUGACCCAGACCAGCUUCUCUCUCUCUUCCGUCACAAUCCCCUUCUGACGUCCAUCUCUCUUCCUUUCAUUCCAUCACAACCGCCAUCCACCAACGCCCGAGACGCUCGCUGCCUUCAUUGUUACCAGCCGCCGCUUCUUAUCCAUCUCCCAGAAUCCCCCAACGACGCCAUGGCUGAAAUCCGCCGAAAGCUCGUCAUCGUCGGCGACGGUGCCUGCGGUAAAACCUGUUUGUUGAUUGUCUUCUCCAAGGGCGCUUUCCCCGAGGUCUACGUCCCCACCGUUUUCGAGAACUAUGUCGCCGACGUUCAGGUUGACAACAAGCACGUUGAGCUGGCCCUGUGGGAUACGGCUGGCCAGGAAGAUUACGACCGUCUCCGACCUCUCUCGUACCCUGACUCUCACGUCAUCCUGAUCUGCUUCGCCAUCGACUCUCCUGAUUCUCUGGACAACGUCCUUGAGAAGUGGAUCUCUGAGGUCGUGCACUUCUGCUCUGGUCUCCCCAUCAUCCUGGUCGGCUGCAAGAACGAUCUGCGAGACGACCCCAACACCAUCGAGGCCUUGAGGGCAACCAACCAGAAGCCGGUUUCCACUCAGGACGCUGAGGCUGUUGCUAAGAAGAUCGGAGCCUACAAGUACCUGGAGUGCUCUGCUCGAACCGGCAACGGUGUUCGUGAGGUCUUUGAGCACGCCACUCGUGCCGCCCUCAUGUCCCGCACCAGCCGCAAGAGCAGCCACAAGAAGUGCCUUGUCCUGUAAACACGUUUUAUCUUUGCGCCCGUCCAUCUCAGACGCAAUCCGUUUCCAUUCUCGGCUCGAUUCCCCCCUUUGUUUGUAAUUCGAUGCGUUUCUUGCUCUUCUUCAUGAGCCAGCUGAGACAAACAAAUACAUGGCUAGUUUGGUGAUAAGGGGAUGGAUGUCAGCCUCAAUGGUUUAUCGGCUGUUUACGGAUAUAGGUUUUUCUUUUUUUUUUCGGGAGAUUUGGAAUUCGAUUGUCUCGCUUCCCGGGUCUCGCUUCGCCAGCGGCCACGGCGAGAAAGGGUUAUUAUUGGUUGCGUGCAUGGUUCUGCAGUCCCAUCACCGUCAUGGAGUAAGGAUUCUCUAGGGAAAGAGAGAUGAUUCGCGAGAGAAGGUAAACCAGAAGUUUUCCCCCCUUAUGCCUCUGUCAUAAUGCCGGCGGGCAAGCCGGUCUUGCUUUACUGUAUCUUCCCCGGUGGUGCGAAGCGGGGUCGACGGACCUAAUGUUGGAGGUGUGGCUUUCUUUUUUCUUUAGCUACGAGCGGUUGAUGGUUGAUUCGGCAGCGUACAGAUGGAAUAGAAGGGCAUGCAGUUUGUCUAGCUUAUGGGAGGAGGGAGGAGGGAGGAGAGUCACCAGACGAGAGAAAUUUGGGAGAUGUAAGUAGUUAGUCGUGGAUUUGUCGCACUUUUUUGGAAGUUGCCGGGAUUCGUGAGCGGUCUCUACAACAGGUUAUCAUACAUUGUUUCGUUUUUUCUUUUACCACUUUCUGCAGUCUCGGGCACGAGGAUCUCCGCGCUAUGUUUUUGCUCUUCAAUUGUUUUCAUCUCCUCUUCUUUUCUUUUUUCUUUAAUUUGGUAUGGAUGGUUGUAAUAUUGGUUUAUCUUUUACACUGAAGAUGCUAGAUUGCGAAUAACCCAUCUUGAUCCCCCGACGGCUGUGAAUCUGUCCUGGUUGUAGCUCGAGACGUACGGGGCUAGGUAUAUGACAGCUCAACAGCAA